AAAACCAUUUCAUAAUGAAAACAUUGUUGAUAUUUGCAGCUAUUUUAGCUGUGGCUUUUGGACGUCAAGGUUUCGGUUCUACCGACCAAGAAUGGGGUUUUGUUGAUGUAAGAGAAGAUGCCCACAUAUUCUACUGGUUAUACUAUACAACUGCUCUAGUAGCAAAUGUUACUGAGAAACCAUUGGUUAUUUGGCUUCAAGGUGGUCCAGGAGCAUCUGGUACUGGAUACGGAAAUUUUGCAGAACUUGGUCCGCUGGAUGUCGAUUUAAACCCCAGAAACCACACAUGGAUCAGAAACUACAACGUCUUGUUCGUCGACAAUCCAGUUGGAACAGGAUUCAGUUAUGUGGAAAAUAACGCAUAUGCUACUACCAAUCGCCAAAUAGCCACUGACUUUUUGGCAUUUUUGAAAGGAUUCUACGCACAAAAUCCAAUUUUCCUAGAGUCGGAUUUAUUUAUUUUCUGUGAAUCUUACGGUGGAAAAAUGACGGCUGAAAUAGCUCUCGUUCUUGAUCAAGCAAUUAAAGCUGGCGAACUUGACAUUUCGUUCAAAGGUGUUGGAUUAGGAGAUUCCUGGAUUUCGCCAAUUGAUUCAGUUCUCACAUGGGCUCCAUAUCUAUUAAAUUUGGGUUUCAUUGACCAAAACGGCUACAAUGAAAUUGAAAAGGUAGCAAAUGCAACCAGAGAAGCCCUAAAUGCUGGAAAAUAUCAAGAGGCAACCAAUUUAUGGGGUGAAACUGAAUCCGCCGUUAUGGAUGCUGCUUACGAAGUUGACUUCUAUAACGUUUUGAAAAAAAUUGAAAGGGGCACGGGACGUAAACUUCAUGAAUUGUUCAAACCAACAUCACAAUUAAGAGACGAAGACGAUGAGAAAAUCGACGUCAUUAUGAACGGAGCUGUAAGAGAAGCUUUAAACAUUUCCAGGCCUUGGGGAACUCAAAGUGGAAAAGUAUUUAGCUACCUCGCCGGAGAUUUCAUGAAACCAGUUACUCACGUCGUUGAACGAUUGCUCAACGAAACGUCGCUCAUAGUGGCGGUAUACAAUGGCCAAUUGGAUUUGAUUGUAGAUACGCCCGGACAAGUAAAAUGGGUUGAUGAGUUACGUUGGGAAGGUUCCGAGAUCUGGAAAGUGGCAGGAAGACAACCAAUCGUAGUUGACGGUAUGAUUGAAGGUUUCGUUAAAGGAGUACAAACAUUGACGUUUUACUGGAUUAACAGAGCUGGUCACAUGGUUCCAGCUGACAAUCCUCCAGCAAUGAAUUACAUCCUUAAACAUGUUACUCAGCACAGGUGUUAAAUGUAAAUUUUCAAUUUUUUGUUCCUUUUCUUAAUAAACUUGAUAAAAAACAUUGUUCGUUAUUAAAAGAAAGAAUAAAAUUUACUGAAAAAUA